AUGUGUUCUGCACCGUACGGGCGGAAAAAGCGCCCAAGAUCCGCAGGGAGCAUUUUUCCCAUCAGUAAAGGGGCUCAGACGGAGCCGGAGCGCCGUGAGAGCACAGAGGGGGCCGUGGACUGCAGCAGGAUGACUGUCCAGGAAUUCAACACGCUCGUAGCGCUGUACCGAGAGCAGGUGAUCUGCGUCGGGGAGAUCUCCGCCGACUGUCCGUCUCUGCGGGCUCAGAUGCAGCACACGCGGGCCAAAGGAUGCUCCAUGGCCCGGGCUGCGCACCAGGACCUUGCCGUCAUGUCUGUUUCAGGUCCAGAGGACGGAGAGAUCCACCCUGAGAUCUGUCGGCUCUUCAUCCAGCUGCAGUGCUGCCUGGAGAUGUUCAUAACAGAGAUGCUGAAAUCCAUGUGCCUGCUGGGGGUGCUGCAGCUUCACCGAAAAAACUCGGAGCCAAAGGUGGACUUCAGGGUGGAUGAAAGCUCGGAUAUUCCCAUCCUGGAGGACCGAUCCUCCUCUUCCAUAGACUUCCCUCAUGAGCAGUGGCUGGUGGGAAACGAUAUUGAAAACAUAGAGAGAGAUAUGCGAGAGAUGCGAAACCUACUCAGCAAACUCAGGGACACGAUGCCUUUGCCACUGAAAAACCAAGAUGACAGCAGCUUGUUGAAUCUGACUCCUGACCCGCUGAUCAGACAGAGGAAGAGACGCUUCCCUGGACUCUGCUGCAUGGUGUCUGGCUGA